AACUAACAAAUUUGCAAUAGAACAAACUAACCAUUUUUUAGGGGAGGCGGCGGGGGAGAUCCAAUUCUGUUUUUCCAUAUAAGUUUGGAGCUGUUUUUUUCCCCCUUUUGUAUCCUUGAAGCCUGAGCCAAAUCCAGUUACGAAUCUCGGAGCACAGACAGCAUAGAGCCAGGAAUGGAUCCCUCCGUGAGUAGCUGUAUGCGAAGUCCCCGUCCCACUACCCCACUCUGGGGGUGCCUGCGGAAUGCCCAGUCGGAGCUCAGCACAGCAGCAGGAGCGCAUCAUUACCCACAAGCACCAUUCUCAUUCCAUCAAAAACCAGACUUUGCUGCAUAUUCCGAUUUCUCAGCCUCUUGUUUGGCCACUGCCCCCCACAGCUUCCCCCGAGAGGAACGCAUGUUCGCAGAGCAGCACCCUUCUUUCCAGCAUUCUGAAUGGCACUUUGCAGCGUCUGAGGCCAGAAGGCGGCUAAAUCCAGGACUGGCCUUGGCUUCUGGGGAGCUAGAAAGCAGCAGCCCAAACCUAGUGGCUGCUGCAGGGGGCGUGAAUGAAGAUUAUGGGGUACCAGGAAACACUACAAAUGAAACUGAGAAAAAGUCAUCCAAAAGGAAAAAGGAAACCUCAGAAAACCAGGAUUCCAGUAGGAAGCCAGAAGCCAGCAGCAAAGCACGGAAGGAGAGGACAGCUUUCACCAAGGAGCAGCUGCGGGAAUUAGAAGCUGAAUUUGCUCAUCAUAAUUACUUGACGAGGCUCAGGAGAUAUGAGAUAGCUGUGAAUCUGGACCUCACCGAGAGACAGGUUAAAGUGUGGUUUCAAAACCGAAGGAUGAAGUGGAAACGUGUGAAGGGUGGGCAGCCAGUGUCCCCUCACGAGCAUGACACAGAAGAUAUGGACUCUGCUGCCUCUCCGAGCUCUGAAUAGCUCCUCACCAGUAGUAACGCACUGACAAAUGCAGGAAGGGUUGUCAGUCAAAGAACUGACGCCACACAGUUUAGCAGCAGCUGCAUCAUUAACAGGUGCCCCUCCCUGCUCAAAUCAUCUCAUCCUCCUGUGACUCCGGAAGUGGUGAGCCUUAACAUGCCUUGGGGACUGUAAAGGGCACACAAGAAAGUCCAGAGAAGGGUCUGAAUGAACUCUCACCACUGCCAUCUUGGCAGUGCCAGUAUUUCUUCAAAAUAAUAACUAAGCCCACUGACUAUGAAACAAAUAAAGCUGACUAGAGCUGGAUUUCUAAGAACCAAUACUGGUCUUCAAGUCCUCAAAAGACGCAGUUUAGAGGCACCAGUUUAGGGUUCAGUGGGGCAGUAAUGUAGCUCCCCAACAUAUAACCUUAUCCAGCAUCUCUCUUUGGUCACUGCUAUUUGUUAAACUUGAGUAUUCCACAGAAGUGCUUUCUUCGUACAUCACUCCACAAGUAACGAACAUUCUGGUAUCUACUGAUGUUUCUUGUGUCAUCCAAACUGAAAAUAUAAAUGGUUAUAAGCAAGUCUGGGGGGCAGUGGGAAUGUCAAACAAAAGUGUGUCCCCAAAUUCUAUAUAGGCCUCUGGCCAUUGGUUUUGGAAGGGAUCAUUCUCACAAGGACAAGGGCUCCAAUUAGAGCUGAGAUGGCAGGCACCUUGCUGAUACACCUGUGUGAAUGAGAUACUGGAGGUUUGUUUAAUUAAUCUUAGUGUAGCUGCUGAAAUCAGAACAUUAAAUCUCACAGGGAAUAUUUUCAUAACCACCGCCACCAAGUGUCAAACCAAACGGAAUGAGGUCAUGAAUCAUCACUGUUCUGCCCUGGACACUGAAAUAUAGCUGGUUAUAUCUUCUGAAAGAACUCUGCUCCUUUCUGAUGUGUUUGUCACACUUGUUUCUGGAAUGCCUCUGGGUAUUACCUGCUGUUUCCUUUGUUACAACUCAGGACUAUCUGGGUGAGCAGAAAACAGUGUCCUUUGAAAUGAUUAGUUGAAUUUAUCAGUCUUAAGUUCUUGUUUCUUUUUCUCUUGGGAUCAAAACUUUCUUCCAAUAGGCAUGCAGGUAUGUUUAUGUGAAUUAUGUCUGAAUAUAUAUGUCCAUAAUGUUCUAUGGAUAAAUAUUUACUAUAGAUGCACUCAGGGCUGGAUUAACUCUCCUGUGGGCCCAGGGCUAUUAGAUUUUGUGGG